CUCAUGUGUAGGGCUUGGGCUCGGCCCGUUCACAGCUUGGCGUCUUCUGGACUCUUGCGCUCACGGCCAUGGUGCCUGGGCUGGACCGGGUUGAUCCUCGCCGCAACUUUAUUCCAGGUUGUGCUGCUGCCGAUGAGCAGCCCCAGUCUGCCAGCACAGGGGGGGGAGGGGGCCGGGGGCAAAAGGCACGCUAUGAGCAUGAACAACGACUCGUGGCCCGCCACGGCUCAGCCUGACCUGACCAGGCCUAAUCCGACGACGAUAAUAUUUAACAGCCAUUCAUUUCCACAUUGCCAUCGCCCAGCUCGACCCAUUUCGUGAGGACAGGCUGUGAAUGCUACCAAUGCUUAACGCAAGGCGCAGACUCAUUUCGAUACCUGUGUUUGCAUCCUUGGGGCAAAGUCCAUCACACUGCCAUUGCCCACGCCUCAAGCGUGCGGUCGCUUGAUCACUUUUUUAUUUACACGGCACAAGAGCUUGCGCUCAACGCCCAUCAUGGCCUCUGGCUGGGUCGUAGAUACCCCCGACACCUUUGUCGCCAAGGAAAAAGAGGCUGUCGUACAAGAGAAAGACGAGCAGGAACUCACGCAGGACGACACCAAGCUCGCGCGCCCGGGCUUCGGGCUGCCCCUCAACUGGCUGCCGUCCAGCGGCCGCUUCCCUGUCCUCCUGUCCGUUCCCAAGCCGUCCGUGUACGGUGGCUGGUAUGAUGACGGUGGUCAGGAGUGGUCCGCGGCCACCCUCCUCAUCCGCGAGGCUUGCAUGCUCAAGCUUGUAGACGACCUCACCGACAAGCCCGAGUGGUGGCGCAAGAUCCUCGACCCAGAGAUCGCGGCCAGGUGGAAGGCCGAGGCCCUGGCCCUGGACUGGCAGGCGUAUCGCCCGCACGCAGACUUUACCCCCAACAUGGUCGACGCGUGCUUCGAUGAGAUCCGUCGCAAGGCAGAUCUAUAUGACGCGACAGGCCUCAUUCCCGUCUACGACUACACGGUCGCCGCCAUCAAGUCAGACAAGCUUAUGCCCGAGGAUCUGCGCCUUGAGCUCGCCACCGCCGUCAAGGCCCUCGAGGACGUGCCCGACGACAAAAAAGACUGGCACCCGGGCACUGACGGCAAAGUCCUCGACCUCGUGCACCCGUCUCUCUGGCCCCUGGUCUACGGGCGGACCCGCGUCCUCCCCGACAGCCGUGUCCCUCUCUCCGACUGCCUCGCCUACAGCGGCCUCGGCGACGUGAUCCCCCCUCCGGACUCCCUUCACGCGGGCCGCAUCACCUCGCACUGGGGAUCCCGUGACGAAGCCGUCACCGCCUACUCGACGCGGUUCCAAUGGCUGCCAUGCGACGUCUCGCUCGAUGCACAAGGCAAUGCCACCAUCGACAGCUACAUCAACAAUCUCCACCCCGUGGAACAUGCCAGCCUGUAUCCCGUCAUCCAGCGCUUCGUCCAGGCCUCACUCCCCGCGUGGGACCUGCUCUACACAUGGCCCGACCACCUCUCCUUCCAGCGCCUCACCACCAACCGCGCGGGGCCUGUCUGCACGACGCCCGACAUCUGCCAGGACCGCGAUGGCUGUCGCCCGUCCGGUCGCCCGCUCGGCCCGGGCGAGGAGCCGCGCCAGGAAGACGAGGAGUGGGAGGACGGCUACGAGACGUCCCCGCGCGGCGUCCUCGACAACCAGUGGUUCGACGAGACGCACCCCAUGGACGUGCCCGACGCGUACGUCCCGCCACCCGCGGCCGACGCUGGCGACAACAAAGAGGAUUCCAAGAACCGCGUCUUCCCCGUCGCGGCGGACGACGUCAAGACGUCGGGUUUCUUCCACGACGCGCGCCGCUUGCAGGUCAUCGUCAAGCUGGCCAACAUCCACCUCACACCCGAGAAACCCACCUACGAUGGCGGCUCGUGGCAUAUCGAGGGCCAGCUCAACGAGCACAUCUGUGCCACGGCGCUUUUCUACUACGACUCGGAAAACAUUUCCACCUCGCGCCUCUCCUUCCGCACGCCUGCUAACGCGGAGGAGCUCUCCACCGACCUCGACUACGAGCAGUCCGACAUGCGCUCCAUCACGCGCACCUUCGUCAUGAGCCCGGACUCGGACAGCACAAUCCAGGACGUUGGCUCCGUUCUCACCAAAAAGGGCCGCGUCGUCUUCUUCCCCAACCUAUACGUGCACCGCGUCGAGCCUUUCCGCCUCGUUGACCCGAGGCUGCCCGGCCACCGCAAGAUCCUCGCCCUCUUUCUCGUCGACCCGGCCGUGCCCGUCGUGUCCACCGCCAACGUGCCGCCCCAGCAGCGACAUUGGUGGCAGGGCGAGAACCAUAUCCGCCGCGGCUCGCGAUUGCCUCCCGAGCUGGCUGCCAUGGUCCUCGACAACGUCAACCACUUCAUCGACGACGACGAGGCUAAGAAGCUGCGUGGAGAGCUCAUGGCCGAGCGGACAGCAAUGCAGGACGCCACAGACGGGGCCCUCAACAGCAUCGAGUUCAACUUUUGUGAGCACUGAUACGGCUGGCCGAUGUCAGCGUGGUGCACCGUGGCCUUGUCGCUCUCGGCCGUCACGUCAUGAGCGAGCGUUAUGUUCAUCCUCGCGCCCGGCACGGAUGGGAAUGCGGCAUAUAUGAUGGGAAAAGACGGCC